UCAUAGAUAAAAUUCGAACAUCUGUCUACCGUUCUGACUAAAAAUACUGAUCGGCUGGUAUGAAAGAUUCAUCCUAGUUUUUAAUUUGAAUUAAAUAUUUGUGGACUAUGUAUUCCAAAAGGACAUUAGCGGCCCUGUUUACUCAUCACAGUAUCCGGACAACGAAACGCUGGAUCCACGAUGAGAUCCGUGUACGUUUCGCGCCCAGCCCAACAGGUUACCUGCAUUUGGGCGGACUGCGCACAGCCUUAUAUAAUUACUUAUUUACACGAAAUAAAAAUGGUAAAUUCCUACUUCGCAUAGAGGACACAGAUCAAACAAGGCUUGUGCCAGGAGCAACAGAAAGUUUAAUUGAAGAUUUGCUAUGGGCAGGCAUACAGAUUGACGAGGGCCCAGGUUUUGGUGGCGAGUGUAGUCCAUAUGUGCAAAGCGAGCGAAAGCAGAUUUAUCUAGAAGCUGUGCGUGAACUGCUUGAGAACGACACUGCCUACCGCUGCUUUUGUACCGAACGUCGGCUAGAAUUGCUACGUAAAGAAGCAAUUCGAACGCGGCAAGUUCCACGCUAUGACAAUAAGUGUCGGUACCUAACGCCGCAGCAAAUCGCCGUAUUGUUGGCUAAGAAGACACCAUACUGCAUACGAUUCAAACUAACGGCGCAUGAGGAACCGCUGCAAGACUUAAUAUAUGGUCCCGUUUCGCACAACGUUAGUGAAAACGAAGGUGAUCCUGUUAUUAUGAAGAGCGACAACUUUCCCACAUACCAUUUUGCGAACGUGGUAGAUGAUCAUAUGAUGGGAGUAACACAUGUUUUUCGCGGCGUUGAAUGGCAGAUAUCAACGACAAAGCAUUUACUGCUGUACAAAGCUUUCAAUUGGCAACCGCCAUUAUAUGGCCAUCUUCCAUUGUUAGUCAAUCACGAUGGCACAAAAUUGAGUAAACGUCAAGGUGACAUUGGUAUCAAGCAUUUCCGGGAUAAAGGGUAUUUCUCGGAGGCAAUCGUAAACUAUGUUGUCAGUGCUGGUGGCGGAUUUGAACACACGCCUGGGCAAAAACAACAAAUAUAUUCGAUAGAUGAACUGGCACAACAAUUUAACAUUGAGCGUGUAAAUUCACAUCCCAGCCGUUUGAAUCCGGAUUUACUAAAUGAUUUUAACCAACUUCAUAUACUCAAAAUGCUGCAAAGCAAAGAAAAUACUGAAGAUUUGGUGCGUCGUGUAAAAGCGUUGGUGCGACAAGCUUAUCCCAAGGAGCAAAACCUUGAUUUAGAUGACCAGCACAUUGAGAAUGUUUUAAAAUGGGCGGCUAAGCGUUUGACAUUCAUUCAAGAUUUAACCGCGACAAAGCUCAGUUUCCUUUGGGUUCGACCUGCUGAGUUCAAAUUCAAGACUAUUUCAAAUGAUCAAAUGCAAUCUCUGAUAGAGAACUUAGUAAGCAUAGAAUUCACAAAAGAUAAUCUGAAUCAAAAACUGAAGGAAUUCGCGGAUGAAAAUAAUCUCAAAUUUGCUACGUUUAUGAAAACACUGCGUUCAGCUUUAAGUGGUUUAAAGGAAGGUCCCGGCGUUGCAGAGAUGAUGGACAUUCUUGGAAAAGAUUCUGUGUUACAACGUCUUAGAAGCAACACUAAUUUUAAAAGUAAGGAAGCAGCAACCAAAGUCGGGAAAAAAUCAUAGCCCAUAAUUCAUGCUUUUUUCUGUUAGCAUACCUAAUUCUGUAAAUAAAAGUUAAUUCCUAUUUAAGA